CUUUAAGAGCAGAGGGAGGAGGGGGGCUCAGCUCAUGAUUUGGCUGCGGUGUUUUUGUCUCGCUGUCAGUGAGACCGCUGGCCUUAUCCACAGAGGGGACUGGAAGGGGGUAGGAUUUUGGUGGCACCGUUAAGACGCUGGAAUCGUACGAGGAGGGAGGAGAACCUGAGCGAGGAGGUCGGGGAAGAGAGACCAGCAUUGCAGCGCAGAGAGAUUGGCUGGUGAAAGACAAUCAUGGCUCAGGUGCUACAUAUGGACACCAGUUUUCCAGGGAAGAUUAACCCCCCGGCUCCCCCUUUGCAUGGAAAGGAUCAAGAGGCUCCGUACUCAGUAGAGACCCCCUAUGGCUAUCGUCUGGACCUGGACUUCCUCAAAUACGUCAAUGAUAUUGAGAAGGGCAAUACUAUCAAGAAGGUUCCAGUGCAGCGCCGCCCGCGGUAUGGCUCACUUCCACGUGGCUACGGCUACACAGGCUCCUGGUGGACUUCCACAGAGUCGCUGUGCUCCAAUGCCAGCGUGGACAGCCGUCACUCCUCGUACUCCUACUGCGCGCCAGGCUUCCACAGCAUGCAACGGCCCAACUUCAGUACAGCACGUGUGGAGAAGACUUUGUUGGACGCUCGCCGUAAACUGGAGGAGGAAAAGGAAGGCCGUCAGUUCUCUAACUUGGGCAGCAUGCACAGCUGCGUGGCUGGCUCCAACACCUCUCUGUCCAGUGCACACAGCUUCAAUCGUGCCCAGGGUGGCUCCUACACACCGAUGAGCUCUGGCUUGUCCACGCCCGUCUCACCCACACCCGCACAUUUGCAGCACGUACGGGAGCAGAUGGCCGUCGCCCUGCGGAAGAUCCGGGAGUUGGAGGAGCAGGUGAAGACCAUUCCAGUACUGCAGGUGAAGAUCUCCGUGCUUCAGGAAGAGAAGAGGCAACUUAGCGUGCAGCUCAAAAGCCAGAAGUUCCUGGGUCACACGCUGGGGUUCGGUCGUAGUCGUCCACGUGGAGAGCUCUACAUCGACAUACCGGAGGAGGAGACGGCGGCAAAUGGUGCCUUGAACAAAGCGGCAGGGAGUCUUUCACCAACCACCCCGGGGUCUCUCCAGGACUCAGGCUGUGAAAUCGAGGAGACUGUAAUUGUAGGUGGAGCGCGUCCGGGGGCAAGAAAAGAGGUGCGAUCCAUAGGUGUGGGGCCAGAGGUGGGGCAGGCAAUCUGUCGUCAUGUAAGUGUGGGGGUACGAGAGGAGGACUUGGGCUUGCUCCCUGAAACUGAAGCCUUGAAGACAAAGGUGGGGCUGUUAGAAGUUCAGUUAAGGAAAACUGUGCAGGAACUACAGAGCGCUCAGAAGCAAGUGGAAGCGGCUCAGAAAGACAAGCAGGCUCUUCACCCACAGGUUGACCAUGCGGUGAAAGCCACCAGUCUGGGCUGGCAGGAGCAGCAUGGUCAGGCUGGUGCAGGCCUACACACAGUUGUCAGUUUUACCCAGCAGCCGCAUCAGCAGAGGACCGUGGGGAUUCAGGUGUACACGCUGGAACAGCCCACGGUAGUGGGUGUGGGGAGACUGCUGAGAGCCCAGGGCUGUAGUUCUCCCGCUCAGCCGCUGGAGGGUCCUCGUCGACGACAUGCAGAGUCCAUACCAGCAGAAGAAACUCCACGCGAGUUUCCCAUCGCAAUAAGCUCCAAGCAGGUGCGAGAGGUCUUGAGGAGUGAGGUUUCUAAAUCAGUGCCAGUGACCAACCAGGCAACUGCUAUGGAGACAAAGUGCAGCCAAGUGCCUCCUGUCUGCCAGCGGCUGAAAGAGGGAGAGACUAACCAGAAACCAGCAGAAGAAGCAAUCCAAAUAGAUGCAACCCAACCAGCCUCCCCUCAGUCCACCCUGAGGUCAAUCAUGAAGAGAAAAGCAGAUGGGGAACCUGGCUCACCACACACCAAAAAGAACCUGCAGUUCAUAGGAGUCAAUGGAGGGUACGAGUCAACAUCCUCUGAAGAGAGCAGUUCGGAAAGUUCAGAAGAGGAGAGCGAUGCUAGCGAAUACCACGAGGCUACAGAGAAACUACCUGAAUCUGCAUCACACCAGCCACAGGUGACCUCCUGCAGUGCCUCUGAGACACCAGGUGCUUUAACAGCCCAGCACAGCACUGCCCAGACACCAGCCAAUGAUACUGCACCACAGCAAAGCACCAGCCAAUCACAUGCCAUGGAUACAACUACACAGCAACAGGUUACCCAAUCACCAGCAGCAGAGGUGAACACAGAGCACUGCGGAAGCCAAACAUCAGUUACUGCCAUGGCUGUUCAAUCCACUGCCCCUUCAGUUCAACAGAACUCCAUCCAGUUACCAGCCGCCAGCGAUGUAGCCAAACAAGCUGUUGUUCAAUCCAAAGCCACUGAACGUGUAGUUCAGCAAAGUCCCGCCCAGCAAGAAGUUACCACUCAAUCACAAUCCACCGGUGCCAAACCUCAACAAGAUGUAAGCCAAUCAAAAACCACUGACCUCACUGGCCAGGAUGGAGCUACACUGUCACAAUCCACUGAUGCCUCAGCCAAACAGGACAUAGCCAUAUCCUCCAGCACUUCCCCAGUGAGCAAGCCUGAAUUGAGCGACAGUCUCAUGGUGGCUCUUCAUACCUUGCAGAAAGCGCUCAGUCAACCAAAUGCAUUUAGCCAUCAAGAAGCGAGGACAGCGUACACCACAGUGUUGCAGGAGUGGCUCCGAGUGUCCUGUCAUAAGGCUGCUGACACUGCAGUGGUCAAGGCGUACAUGGACACCUUCGCCUCCAUUUCCCCUCAGCUACUGGAGUUUGUCAUUAACAUGGCAGACGGCAAUGGAAACACAGCUCUGCACUAUACAGUCUCGCACUCCAACUUCCCUGUAGUUAAACUGCUGCUGGAUACUGGUCUCUGUAAUGCUGACAAGCAGAACAAGGCGGGUUACACAGCUAUCAUGUUGACAGCCCUGGCUGCCUUUAAUUCCGACAGUGACCUUCAAACCGUGCUACAGCUGCUGCGCACCGGAGACGUCAAUGCCAAAGCCAGCCAGGCAGGACAAACAGCGCUGAUGCUGGCGGUCAGUCACGGCAGAGGUGACAUGGUGAAAGCUCUGCUGUCCUGUGGAGCCCAGGUGAACCUGCGAGACGAUGAUGGAUCCACAGCGCUCAUGUGUGCCUGUGAGCACGGGCAUGUGGACAUUGUGCGCCAGCUGCUGUCCGUGCCAGGCUGUGAUGCCACGCUCACUGAUAAUGAUGGCAGCACUGCUCUAUCUAUUGCACUGGAGGCCAGUCAGAAUGACAUCGCUGUGCUUCUGUAUGCACACCUAAAUUUUGCUAAGCCACCUUCCCCUGUGUCGCCAAAGUCGCCAAUUUUGGGAUCUUCUCCCCCUCUUCAGAAUUGAAGUGAACCCUUCAUUAAAUAGAUGUCAUGUGUUUAAAGUCUCCUCUUCCAGCAUAUUUCCUCAUCCAUUCCACUGUCUCUGUGUGUGAGUUUUGUGUGUGUGUCUAUGUGUACAGUAUGUAUACCACGUUUAUUUUUUCCAUGUAAAAUUGAGUGACGUUCACAACGAGAAGCGCACUCUUAACAAGAAUCUGAAGAGCCUUCAGAAAAUUAGCACUUGACACCGUUGGUCUUUUUUGUGUGUUUUCUGUUUUCUUUUGUAGCUUUUAAUCUUGUGGUUGCAGAAAAAGUCUUGAUUAAAUAGACAAGAUUUGAUUCAUAACAACAAGCGUGUAACAGCAAUAUCAUACUGUAUCACCCAUUUAUUUCUUGAGAUUAGACAGUGAGUGUUACAUUACACAAUGGAAUGAUGUAAGUUUGCGUUAAACUAUCCAGCAAUAUUUAACAUUGAAAUCAUCCAGUGUCACACCAUAAAUUAUUGCAAUUGUAAAAGUGUUGCGUAAACAACUAAAACCAUGUAUCUUACUCAAGUGUCCUUUCUUAAUUUUUACAGUUCACAAUAAAAUAAGAAUAAUUUUAGACAAUUAAUUGUCUCAAAUUAAUAAGACAAUUAUUUGCCAAUCGCUCUAAACAGGAGGUAUGAGUGUUCUUGCACCAGCUGUUUUAAAUUCAUACAUUUUAAUACACUUGUAAUAUAUCAAGUUUGUGCAGUUGUCUCUUUUUAAGCAACACUUGCAACCAUGUUUUAGCAUUUUUACUGAUACACAUUGUCAGAAAUCCACCUGCUUCAAAUAAUGUUUAUAUUGAAAUGCUGGCCUUGUUUUUUCUGUUCAGAGUGUCUGGCUAUGUAUAGAUUUUAUAGUUAUUACUCUAAAGGACAGUGUCGCAGCCAUUGAUUCCUUCAUAGCUGAUGCAGUAUUAUAGAAUUGGUGUAGUCUUUAGAGGGUGUGCUACCAUAGAUAGAGGACAGCAUGGUUUUGCUAUUGUGAUGUUUAAAGACUUCAGCAGUUACAGUAGUAAUGUAGACAAUGACUUGCAUUGGACCUUUAGUGAACAAGGGCUCUCCAAAGACAAUUAUACUGUAGACGAGUGUACAAAAAUAUAUGAGAGCUAAUGCUUUUUUCAUUGUGAUUGCUAUUGCAAUGAUACAUUAGUGAAGGUGAUAGGAAGGUACGUAAAUACAAGAAGUUUUGAUUCGGUGAAUGAUACCAGAUGUUGUUUAGCGUGUGAACAGAGCUGGGCUGACUGAAUUGCACAUAGUUUGGUACGGGUUCACUGAGUGCAGAUAAACAUUUGAUUUCGCUUCUUUAUGCUUAGUAGGUUGGUUUAAGAGUCCAGAGUGUGGAGGAAAUGGUUUAGAAUUGUCUAUGAUGAAUGUAAGAUGUUUUUCAAAAUGAAAAUAAUAUAUGUAUAUCAUCUCCAAAGUUUUAGUGCAAAGACUAAAGAAUUCUGAAGUAUUUUAACACUAAAGUGGAUUUUAACAAAUUUAAUUUAAUAAAAUCAUUGUUAAAUUUAAACAUGAUUUUUUUUGCUUACCCACUUUGUACACAUGCCUUCUUAUAACCAGUUGAAUAAUUAAUUUUUUACACUUUUGUAUUUGUUUUAUUUAACUGUAUUUGAAUACCUUUGUAAUAUCUGUUCACAGCUUAUAUCUUCUGUCACGUACCUUUAUGUACAGGGCUCAUGUUGAAAGUUGUUUGUUUGUUUUCCUCAUUCUUUUUUUAAAAAAUAAACAAAUGUAGGAAGAAAUGUG